AUGUUGCAAAAUCACAACUCCGCCGCCCCUCCAAAUAUCCACGACUCCGAAGUCCGGCCAUCAGACGCUGGCCUGCCAAGCAACGGCGCUCUCUUGGUUACGUCUCUUCUCCGGCCAGGAGCCUCUCCGGGUUCCGAUCCACGCCGAGAGCAACGGCAAACGUCGAAUCUGGAUCGAGAAGCCUCUCCUCCUUCUGGUAGCCAGCCUAGCCUUUCGCCACACCCUCACCCACCCGCUUCCUCAGACAGGGCUCGCCGCCGAGCUCGGCGACGCGCCCUAACAGCAUGCCAGCUAUGUCGUGCCCGCAAGACAAAGUGUGACAAUGUCCGGCCUUCGUGCGGGUACUGUAUCUUUCAGGGGGCCAAGUGCGUCUACACAGACACGCCUCUCGGUGCUCGCGUCGUGUCACCGCGACCUUCUCCCCAACCGGCCGCCUCCUCUCAUAAUGGCCAAGGGCCCUCGAACGAAGCCCUCCUCGAUAGCCUCAAUCAUCUAACGGGGCUUGUCGAGGGUCUGCGCAGCGAACUCGAUCUGCGGAGGACAUUCAACCCGACGACAACGCCUGGCUUCCCAGCCGCAGAUUUCCCCACGCAGUUCGUCCCGCAGGAUCCCAGCCUGCAGCCCCUCGUCAACCAGUUCGGCAGCGCCCAUCCAAGCACAGAGAGCGCCUUCGCCGACGAUGGCUUCGGACGCCUCGAGGUGCCCGAGCUGGCCGCGCGGACGAGCGCCUGCGAGUCCAUCCUCAAGUGGCCGGUGCUGACCGAGGCGUACCCGGACGAGAACAUCACGUCUUUCCCGCUGCAGUCGACCAUCCGGGACGAGGCCGAGAGCCUUGAUGCGACCAUGAGUGGCACUGCCAGCGGCGGCAGAGGGACUGUCAUCCACGAGGACAACAUAUGGCCGCUGUGCCGCAAGUUUCUGGUCUUGAUCAACGUCAAGAACCCUAUACUCGACGUGUCCGAGUUCAAGCGGUACGCGAGGCAGGCUGCCGAGUGUGGACCGACCUGGGAUGGACGCGGGUGCUUGGUGCUCCUUGCCUGCGCCCUCGCGUCGCUAUCGACGCCCUACCACCCAAUGCAAGACCCCGUCUCCGAAGCCGACGCAGACUACAACAUGUCGUCGCCGUCCACCGCCGCGCUGGUAGACGAGUCGGCGGCCGAGGCGUACUACUCGGCUGCCAAGCGCCGGCUGGGCCUCCUGCCGACCUCGCUCAUAUCGAUACAGUGCCACUACUUUGCAGGCCUCUACGAGAAGUUUGCCAUACGGCCGCUCUCGGCGUGGAUGCUGCUGCAGCAGGCGUGCGUGCGCUUUCAGGCAUACCUCUACGCCAAGGCGUUGUCCACGCCGGUCGACGGCGCGGGCGAUGUCCGGACCGCACGACACAUUGAGCAGAGGCUGUAUUGGCUCUGCGUAAAAGCAGAGUGCGAACUCCGCGCCGAGCUCCAGCUCCCGGCCUCCGGCCUCCUCAAGUUCAAAUACCCAGACCUCUUCCCCUCCCUCUCCUUCCCUUCGUCCUCGGAACUCCUCGACUUCUCCGACGGCUUCGCCGGCUCCACGGGCCAGAGCCCCGAGGCCACCGCCGCGAUGCUCCUGGGCGGAAUAGGAGGAGGAGGAGGAGUAGGCACGCCCUCCGCCGCGACCGUCUCCUCCUCGGACCGGCUGGACCCGGAGGAAGAGCGCAGCUGGCUCUACUACCUCGCCGAGAUCUUCCUGCGCAAGAUCAUGAACCGCAUCCUCGACGACGUCUACGGCCGCGGCGAGCAGCACUGGGUCACACCUCCCGGAGGCGCCGCCGCCGGCAGCGGUGGCAUCAAUCGCUCCCUGCUGUCGCAGCACGCCGCCUACGGCGAGGAGCUGGCGCUCUGGCGCGCGCACCUGCCGCCCCAGCUCCGCUUCGCCGACGGCGAGGCCCUGCCGCCCAACGAGCUCGCCUUCUUCCUCAAGACGCGGUAUCUCAUCUGCCUCGAGUGGAUCGCGCGGCCCUUCCUCUACUACGUCACCACCGUUACCGCCACCACCACCGCCACCGCCACCGCCACCACAACAACCGCCAACAACGCGACGACGUCGAUCGACAACAACCCGGCCGUCGUGGCGCUGGCGCAGCGCUGCGUCGACACGUGCGUGGCCCUGAUCCCCGUCAUCGCGCGGCACCACCGGCACGGCGGGAUCUGGGGCCUGCUGCGCAAGUCCUUCAGCCUGGGCCUACUGCUGAUCGCGGCGUCGCGGCGGCCGCUGGUGCUCGAGCUGCCCGACGGCUGGCAGGAGUCGGUCCGGCUGGUGAUUGCCACGAUCAGGCGGUGGGAGGACGGCGCGACGGACCUGCGGUGGAUGCGGCAGACGCUGGAAGGCAUGUUGGCUGGGGUGUGA